AAAGAGUUAUUAAGGAGACUUUUUUCCGAGACCAAAUUGGUUGAAAUGUAAAGACUGUUGUUAGGGAAAACAUAAGAGAAGUAAGUGAUGCAUAGAUUUAGCAUCUGAAUCAGACAUGGAGCUAGAUAACCGGAAAAGUGACCAGGGCAGCAAUGCACCAUUUUCAUCCAAUCUUCAGCUCUAUUCUUACUGCCAUAGCUCUUGCUCAUGGCGUAUCCGCUUUGCUUUAUGCCUCAAAGGAAUUCCGUAUGAGUACAGAGAAGUGGACCUGGUAAAAGGAGAGCAAUACAGUCCAGAAUUUGAGAGAUUGAAUCCUCUGCACUAUGUUCCAGUAUUAGUUGAUGAUAAUGUAGUGGUUUCAGACUCUUAUGCAAUAUUUCUGCAUUUGGAGGAAAAAUAUACUCAGAAGCCACUGUUGCCAGUUGAUCCACAGCUCAGAGCUCUAAAUCUUCAGGUAGCAAGUAUUGUUCAUUCCAGUAUACAGCCUCUUCACAUGCUUGCUGUUCUGAAAGAUAUGGAGAAAAUGUUUGGUGCAGAAUCAAAACCGUGGGCCCAGUUUACCAUUAACAAAGGUUUCUCAGCUCUUGAAAAGCUACUGAAGGAUUUUUCUGCAACAUAUGCCACAGGGGAACGUAUCUAUAUGGCUGAUGUAUUUUUGGCACCACAGAUAGAACAGGCAGUUCAGAGGUUUGGUGUCGAUAUGUCCAAAUUCCCUACACUGAGUAGGUUGUAUGAAACAUACAAAGCUUUGCCAGAGUUUCAAGCCUCAUCACCCCAAUGACAAUUUGAUGCCUUCAUUCACAACCCUUGACUUCUUCAGCAUCUGAAAUUUCUAUGUUGUUUUGGCUCUGGAGUUACCAUGCAAAUGAAAUGGUUGUCACAAGGCCUUCUUAUAAUUAUGCUUCUACUUCGCAAACUUAUCUCAUGUGUCUGCCAGAACAGUUUCAUCAGUUGAAAGUUAAAACUGGGUUUCCUUCAUAAGCAUUUGACAGCAUUAUGGUUA